AUGCAUUCAGAUGUAAAAAUAUAUCCACCUAAUCGACACCGUCUGGGUAGGGGUUCCAAUACAUUUAUGCACACGUUGCUGCUGCUGUUACUUGUUACAGUGAUUGCAAUGUUUGUCACACCCCCCUGGUUCCCCGUGGCGCAUGCUCUCCCAUUCAAACUGGCUGGUGAUACAAUCAACAAUAACACUGUAUUUGCGUACGGCGUGGACAGCGUGUUACUGGACGGUGUGUCCAUCGGAAACAGUGCAUCGGUGGUGUUUGAUGUCACCGCGAUGCUCCCUGGUGCGGUGCGCAUUGAGCUGAAGGACUGCGUGUGCGAUGGUGGGUCGCAGAUCUAUGUGUUGGGGUACAAUGGUGAUCCCGCAAGUGACCGGAGUCUGGAAGUGAGUGUGGACAGAUUAUCUGGUCGUUUCUGCUCAUUCGUCUUGGCGCACAACCUGCCUCCGCAGACCAACGUGACAAUCCGAGACUCUACGAUCGUGACGACGGGACCCGUGAGCUACGCACCGGUCAGCGGCCUGACGGAUGCCGUUGCGGCCCCGCUUGUGCUGUAUGCGACUGCGCUUUCGCAGUCAGAGCUGCGUGUGGAGAACAGCGUUCUGCGGACGUCCGCCGCCGGUGGGAUGGCGCUCUACGUGGGUGGCAACGUGUACCUACUGUCGAGUGCUGUGGUGCUUGACGGUGUUUCGCUGGAGGCGAGUGGGGGUGACGGGGCGUACGCGAUGUACGUGUCGCCUGCGUCUGUUCUGAGUCUGCAGAGCCUUUCAGUGUUCUCUGUAACGAAUGCGUCUGUUGUGAGUAGCGGCAGUGGAAUCGUCCUUGGCGAUAGCCUCACAAUGUCCCGUUCUGUGUUUCGCCUUGUGCGCCUUAAUGCGAACAUCGCCAACCCACUGCUGCACGCAGGUGGAGGAACGAUUGGCGUUGACGCGUGGCUCGACAUAUACGGUGUACGUGUGUCAGCAGUUGCAGCAGCUGGUGUGUCAUCAUCGCGGGUCGCAUCGCUGUCAUCCGUAACGCUUGAUGGCGGUGUUGUCUCAAUUGUGCACUCUAUUGCUUCUGGCGCAACAUUUGCCACCGCUCCGACAGUGACAAGUGGCAUUAUUUCAGUGCAAUGUAACCGUCUCGGGACAAAGGUGCUGGAGGACACGAAUGAUUACACAGCCGCUGGUAUGCUCUCUGUGAACGUUGCACCAUGUUUCAGCUGCGUGGAGAAUCAGCGAUGCUUUACCGCACUGACAUCAUCGUUUCUGCCUAAUAAUUGUACGUGCAGCUGUUCUUCUGGUAGUUUCGGCCCCUCGUGCCUCCCGUUUGACGUGCCUUUCGCAAAAGUCAACACUCUUCCAUGUACUACUGACAUUACAGUAACAGAGUCCGCGACGCUUGGUUUUGAGGAAUCAUCACUGUGCUUUAACAACGUUACGUUUAGUGGGCCGAUCACUGUGACAGUGGACCUGCGCCAGAUGAACACCUAUGUUGACUCUGUGAAUGUGACACUCUCCAAGUGCUUCCUCACUGGUGGUGCGCAGCUGAUCAUAAAUGGAUUGAAUACUAUAGAGGAAUGGAUGCCUCCUCUUAUGGUAGACAUGACGAAUGAUAUAUCAAAUGAGGCUACCAUAGUAUUCCAGAGUCAGAUGCCACGGAAGUCACGUAUCAUUUUGGACAAAUCAGAGCUCUAUGCGACAACGGACGGAUCACUGUACGUACCCACGACCACUGGUGAGAAGAAUAAAAAGUAUGGGCCUGUACUUGUGUUAAACAACCUGUGGUUAUUUGAAGGUCAGUUGCUGCUCAUGCAUACAAUGUUUCAAUGUGAUGGAGACAUGUGUUCCUCAAUUCUUGUGGAACACGACUUAAACCUGCAAGAACAAUCAUCAUUCUAUUUGUAUGGUUCUAUUUUAUAUGCUCAGGACUGUGCAAUAUAUUUCCUGGCAAGUGACCUUUACGUCUUAUCAAGUUCCGUGGUGUCGCUACAGGUGAAUAGAUGGUAUACCUAUGGGAUUGCCGCAUUGAAAUCUCAACAAAUAGUAUUGCGCGACAGAGGAGUGCUGAUGGUCUUUUGGAAUUAUUAUUUUCUCUGGGGUGCAGGUUUCACAGCAAGUAAUAUCACCGUUGAAAAAGAGAGUUUACUUAGCAUACGUAUGACAGAUUUCAACUCCAUGUUUGUUUUUCAUGUGGAUGACGUCAAAGGGAAUAUUUAUCUCCUUGAUAACAGUGUAUUGUCGUUUCAGAAACUGACAAUUGCCCAAGGAUGGCAGUUGCCUAAAACUGUAUGGAUUACGAAUGAUUUGCAUCCUGUUGUUUCUGCAGACUCUGUUAUAUAUGGUGGGAAAUUUUUGUACCUGGGUACGUACAUAACCGACUAUUCUGUUGCGAAGUUAAACGCUCCAGUUACGGUCUUUCCGACGCUUAAAUGUGAAAAAGAGCUCAUUUGUUAUCUUCCAUUUACAGUAUCCGCUAAUGUUGCUAGCUGCAGUUGUGUGUGUACUGAAGGUGGCUACGGAAGAUAUUGUUUACCGGCUCCUGUCGAUGGUAUAGUUUUCAACAGAGUUUUUCUGCCACCCGUUACGACGCUUUACUGCAUACGUCGCCACACCUUUGGUAAUAUUAUUGUGGGGUAUAGUUUUGAUCACGGAAUCUGCUUGAUUGAUAUCAAGUUCAACGCACCAGUUACUUUGGUUCCUCCCAGUAGUACGACACUGCCACCAAAUUACAAUGUAACUUUUUUGCGCUGUAAUUUCAUGGGACUUAGAAUAGAAAAUGGGCGUACAAACUAUUUAAUUACAAUAGACGCAUCUGUUUUUCAGGUGCCGUCAACAGAGAGUGCUGCGUUGAUUAUGAAAGGUGCGUUUAAAGGCGGUUCAAAGAUUAUCGUAAAGGACAACACCAUCACUUCACUGGCAAACAGCGGAAUAUUGUUUGACACAAAUUCUAUCGGAACAAAUUCGAUAAUACUGCUGCUUAACAAUAAAAUUGUUGCAGUUCAGAAUGCUAUUCUAUUCAACAGCAACUAUAUCAUUGAUGGAAGCAGUUUUGUCGUGCAAAACUCCACACUGACGACUUCAAGCAAGAUUGAUCAAACAUACGCUGCAUUGAAAACUCUCCAACUGAGUUUGGUGAACGGAGGGUACUUUGACUUCAGUGGCAACACACUGGAUACUGUUAGUGGUGUUAUGCUAUCUGAUGCGCUUCAAGUUUCAAAAAAUGGUCUAUUUAGAGUGGCAGGUUGCAGCUUCCUUGGGACAUCAGGAUAUGCGAAAAGUUCACUUCUCUUUUUGUCAGUGUCAGCGGCAUUAGCUGAUGGUAGUCAGUGGCGCAUGGAAAGGAACAAUAUGAAUGCUGGGUAUAUUAUUUUUAAUACUGGAUCCUCUAUAGUAUUAACAGGUGGCGGGACCACUGCUGUGAUAUCAAGCAAUACACAGGCGAAAUGGACUGCCGCGUUCUCUGGUUUGAAUCCCUCACUCACUACCGUCAAUGCACCCUCGAAGUUUGUUGUGGGGUGUAACCGACUCAACGACAAAGAGGUCACCUACGAUGAUGUGUUCCCGACUACUGUUACAAAGUUCAGCUGUGGGUCGUGCAACAAUGACGCGGCUUGUUACAUGCCCAACACAGAGUCGGUGAGCAGCUCUUGCACGUGCAAUUGCAAGGCCAACGGAUAUGGGCCCUCGUGCAUGCCGUUCAAUCUCUCAGCUGCUCUUCAUCCCCCACCGCCGCCACCCCCGCCGCCGCCUCCACCGCCGCCACCCCCACCACUACCAUCACCACCAACGAUUGGUGAGUGCAUGAGCAACAUGGAAUAUCCGGAGGUGACGCAGACGAUAGGAAGCGGGCUGCCGUGGCUGUGCUUCCGCAACGUGACAUUCAGCGGGUCACUUAUGCGUCUAACGGUGGAUAUCACUGCAAUGAAGGGUGAUGUUGCAUUCAUAAUAUUUGACAGAUGUCAGUGGUUGAACGGCGCCGUGCUAUUGCUGAAUGCGGGAAAUGGUGGCUCUACAGUAGGGGCGCUAAAUAUUGAUAUUAUUCACAACACAUUUGAGGAUGCGUUGCUGAGCCCAGAGGGUGUGUUCCCUCCUCAGACGAACAUUACAAUAGAAGGGAAUCACUUCCACAUCACCAAAAUUAUCAAUCAUCCUUCUAUUACUCUUUCAAAUCCCACAUGUCUCGUAGUGAAUCAACUGAAUGUAAAAAGUCACUCUGCUGUCACACUUGUUGACAAUAUAUUUGAGGUUCUUGCACCCUCAGGACGUGGCGUUUACGUGAUAAAGGAUGCCCUUACAGUGAUGUCGAACUCCCUAUUCACUAUGGUAAACAAUACAUUCACUCUGGAUAAUGAAGAUGGGACGGCAUUCUACCUACAAGGGACGGUUACAUCAUAUUCGCUGCGUGUACUAGAUAACUCUGCGGUUGUUAUCCAAGGCAACACUGUGACAAAGACACUGUUGGACUUUGCUAUGCUUACUUGGAAGAUGGACGUAGAAUCUCUGUCUGCUGUUGUGUUAAAGAAUAACGAUGUAAUGUUGGGAUCCAGUUUGCUACAUGUAGAGCAGGGCAUCACAGUUGUUGGUGAUUCAUGGCUUCAGCUUGAAAGGAAUCGUGCAAACGGAGAUAUCAAGAAUGGAGUUGUGUACAUUUCCAGCACAGUGAAGCUUGAAGACUCUACGGUGGCAGUGGGAAGGAGCCUUGUUGCGUCUACUACAGGAAACCCCAAUAUUUUGGGUGGUCUCAUGUCAUCACAACCGGAUGUGGUACAAUCGAAAAUGCUGCUGCACUGCAACAAGGUAAACAAUGUCGAGGUAACAAGCUACGAGAUUCCCCCAGCGUACGACCCCACGAUUGUGAGCUGCAGUAAUUUAUGCAGCCCCAUGACGUCAUGCUUUCCAGCAUACACUGCAUCAACACAUGAAUCAGCUGAAGGGUGUGUAUGCGAGUGUGCAGAGGGAGGCCAUGGCGAGAUGUGUCUCCCAGUUGAUACCCCAAACGAUGGAGUGGAUUCCUGCGUGCGUGACAUCACUGUGACGUGGGAGGUGAUCGAGGGCUUUGGAAAGUCGGAGGUGUGCUACGUGGGUGUGACCUUCACUGCGGACAUUGUUGUGGACGUGAGUGCAAUGUCGGGUGACGUGCGCAACGUGACGCUCAUGAACUGCACGAUGGUUGGCACCGCAAGUCUGUACGUUGUGGGUUGGGAGUCCAACCCGCCUGCUGGUCAGCGUGUGGAGGUGUGGAUCAGUGGGCUUGUGUCGCGCUCUGGCGGCGGGGUGCUGCUGGCGAACAGGUUCCCGCAAGGUUCUCGUGUCACUGUGGUGGACUCCUUGCUGAUCGCUGAGACGGCUGUUACGUACCGCAGCGGUUACAACCUUGGGGGCUCGUCGGCGUGCCUUGUGUUGUACAAUGUGAAUCUGGCUGGUAGUGUGCUGACAGUCGCGCGCACGCGGGUGGUUGCGGUGUUCGGUGACGCGCACGGUGUGCUUGUGGCCGGUGGCCUGGUGCUGUCGUCUGGUGGUGCGCUGUACAUGGAGCAGCUGUUGGUGCAGACGGCGCUGGGGUUGUGCGUGUCGAUGGAGGGCGACGUGACGGCAGGCGGUGGCUCAGUGCUCGCGUUUGUCGAUAGUGAUUUCUUGCUAUGCAAGCACGCGGUGUCUGUGCGUGGGACCUUUGAUGUGACCGGCUCUGUUGUGGCGUUUGUGCGGAGCGACUUUGCGUCGACGCAGGACUAUGCGGUUGCGUUUCAUUCAACGGUGAGUUUCACUGAGGGAUCGAUGCUGCUGAUGAAAGCUAACACGCACGACAACAGUGAGAGGGAGAUGAUGUACGCUGCUGGUACCCUGACGGCUAGAGGGAGCACGCUGAGCUUUGCACGUAAUGUGGGAUUGUCCCCGCGGAUGCUGUCUGUGGAUAUCUCGUUUGGCCCUGGGGCGCACCUGAAUGCGGCAUGCAACAGUGUUGGCGGGAGAGUGCUGACGACGGCGGCUGAGUACGCUGCGGCUGGUUUCGGCGACGCUGCGCGCAUCGAAGUUAUUGACUGUGACACGUGCGACAAGGACGCGUACUGCUACGCUCCCGGAACGGCGUCAGCCGCCAAGGAGGGUGACGAGUGCGUGUGCAGUUGCGGCAGCAGCGGACAUGGUGAGGCGUGUUUGCCUGUGGAGAGCGUCACGCUGCCGCCCGCCCCGAGUCCUUCGUCGUCGUUUGUCAUCGAGAAUACAACGGUGCGAUCGACGAUCGUUGUACCGACUGGCGUGGGCGAGGUGACACUGCGCCACGUGGAGAUGGACGGCGUGCAGACUGUUGUCUAUGUACCCUGGACAGGGAGCAGUGGUGUGCGAAUUAUUGUACAGAACGUGACGCUGCGCAAUGGGGCCGUGCUGUACGUGAUGGGGGGAAGCGGACUGCGUCGCAUUAAACUCGCACAAAGGAGUAAGAACUAUAUUGGUCAUAACAGUGAUAGCUACCCGGUGGUACUCUCUAUGUGCAGUGUUAUGACAGCUGAUGGUGCGAUUGCCCUGACAGGCACCUUUCCAGAGGAUUCUAUACUGAGUAUUACGGACUCCCUCCUUACGACAGCAGCACCAACAUUGUUUCUAUAUUUGCCUGCUGUGCAGUCUGCAGUGUACUCUCCAGGACUGUUACUUUCAAGCCUUCGUCUUGUGCGUUCCGUUUUGAUUGUGUACCGCGUGUCUAUUGUGACUGUGAUGGCUGGUGGAUCUGCUGUCGUUGCUGACGGCACGGUGUUUGAACUGGACAACAGUGGCAUUGCGCUGGACGCUCUUCUGCUUGGUGGGGAACUUUCAUUGUACGCUGGUGUGCAACUGACGGCGUCCGGCAGCUCCGCAUUGCGGGUGUCGGGGAGUGAGUUGUAUGCGAGGCGUGGUCUGGUGUUCGACACGGGAGUAGCAGUAAGUAGGUCUGCUGUGGUUAUUGAGGACAACACGGGAACACUGAGUGAUGGAGCACUGUUGACGCUGCAAGGGAUGGUGUCAUUUGUGUCCGGCUCGUGGCUGUCGCUACAGGGUAACAAAUUCCCAGUCAAACUUCUGUCGCUGCCGUCAAGCCCAUCCAGUGCGGACUUCGUGAAGAGCACGCUUACACUAUACAAUAACAGCGGUGGUGGUUCCGCCGUGAUGGACGGAGCUGUCACGCUGGGGAGCGCUGGGAGCAAGUUUUUGGUGGGGUGUCUGAGUCUCAACGGUGAACCAUUGUUGCCGAGUGACUAUGAGUCUGUUGGUAUCACAGGUGUGACGCGUACCCUGGAGUGUGGGGCGUGUGGUAUUGAUGUGAAUUGCUUUUCCAUCAUGACAAGGGAGGUGUUGGAGACAUGCGAGUGUAUCUGUGUGAGAGGGGUGUAUGAGCGUGGCUGUCUGCCAGUGUUCAUGCCACACCCGGAUGGCUGUAAUAAACUGCAGCCGAAGCCGACAUUCACCUACACAGCGACGCUGACGCAGACGUCCACGGAGACGCUUACCUCCACGCUAACGCUGACCAUACCGACACCAACUGUUACCCUCACCUUAGACGAGCCUUUUGUUGCGGAACAGUCUGAGGUGAAUAGCGGACUCGCUGCCUUUUCUGGCAUUGCCGCUGCUCCGUUGACCGUUGGACUCUUUGUUGCUGGUGGUCUUGGAUCGAUCCUGGAUAUACAGACACUCGGUGGGUUUGCACUUAUGUCAUGUGCACCGGAUUAUGUGCGUGACAGUUCCGUGGCGCUGCCAUACUUUUUGUCGGUGUUUGCCAGUCUUGGUCCACUGUGGAUGGUGGUGGGUAACGCGUUGAUUGCCCUGGUGUUUGGAUGCGUGCAUUACGGACUGACGGUGGUAUUUGAGCGGUGGCGAGGUGUGGAUACGAUAAGCGCGCGGGCGGUGAUGCGUUUCCCAAGCUUGACGUACCUCGUGGCGUACCUAAUGCACCUUGGUAUCUUUGUGGGCUCUAUCUCCAUGCUGGCAAUGCCUGAUGCACAUCCACAGCACUACGUUGUCGGGGUGAUUGGCGCGCUAUACGGUGUGGCCUUUCCUGUUGCCACCUGCUACUUCAUUGCACACUACACCGAUGCGAGUUUCACAAAGUACUGGCAGUUCUCAAAGAAACCGGUGUAUGUGCGAUGGCUGUAUCCCGUUGGGUACUGGUGUCCGCCGGCACAGGUGCAGAUGUAUGGGAGCAUGUUUACAAGCAUGAAGGGCAGUUAUGCGUACUGGUGUGUGUUCCGAUUGGUGGUGCUCUGCGUUGUGGGAUUGAUUGCUGCUGUGCAGCCGCCGGUGGGCAGGUGUCACAUUCCGUACUUCUGCAUGGCGGCGGUGCUGUUUGUGGGUGCGGCGGUGUUGGGUUUCAUGAACAUGUUGCGCUCUGCGUUCCUGACGGUGAUGUACACGGUGAGUUUCGUGCUUCUGGCGGUGCUGUGCUUAAUCAAUGGUGCAAAUGCCAUAUCACCAAGUAAUCGUUCCUUGUGGGCUUUUGUAGCCUUUUUUGUAAUUCUGAUCAUCGUACUUCUUGUAAUUGGGGUUUGGUGUAUCGUAGUAUGGAUUUACGAGCGUCACCAAUGGCGUGACACGGACAUCGAUGUGGACAGUGAUCGCGAUCUAGAGACUGAAAACGAAGAAGGGAAGAUGGAUAAAGAGAACCCAUUAAUGAGCAGUAGUAACAAUACAACAACUCCAGAGUAUACGGCGCUAAGCAAAGAUGACAAGCCUUCGGUUGAUGCCACCGAUCUUGAUAUUAAAGAGUUUGAAGAGAAACCUCUCGAUGCCGGGACUACAACAGCGAACUCUGAAGUUCCAGAUGAAUUGGCUGCGCAAAUGGCCAGAGCCCGUAUGCGCCGACGUGUACCAGAUCGAUCACAUCGCAACAGCAAUAUGUUCGUUACAUGUCCUGAGACUGAAGGAGAAGAGUUGGCUGAUGAUAAUACGUAG